GUUUGGUGCUUGUAGUUAAAAGUGAUUAACGUAAUUACGUAGUAGUUCACUACGCACGUAACGUGUCCCUGUUCUAUUGACUGGGAAGCCCCUAGCGCGGAGCUGCCAACGCCCGGCGUAAAGACACAAACAGAGGAUACGAUCUUGAAUGAGUAGCAAAGACUGUAAAACACAGCUAUGCAGACCAUCAAGUGUGUUGUAGUUGGGGACGGUGCUGUGGGUAAAACCUGCCUGCUCAUCUCGUACACCACAAACAAGUUUCCAUCUGAAUAUGUACCCACGGUGUUUGAUAACUAUGCUGUAACUGUAAUGAUUGGAGGCGAGCCCUACACUCUGGGCUUGUUUGAUACAGCAGGUCAGGAAGACUACGACAGGUUACGACCUCUGAGUUACCCCCAGACAGAUGUCUUCCUUGUCUGUUUCUCCGUCGUGUCCCCCUCCUCCUUUGAAAACGUCAAAGAAAAGUGGGUUCCAGAGAUCACCCACCACUGUCCAAAGACCCCCUUCCUGCUAGUUGGGACUCAGAUCGACUUGCGGGAUGAUCCGUCUACUAUAGAGAAGCUGGCCAAGAACAAGCAAAAGCCCAUCACUCCGGAGACGGCCGAGAAGCUGGCGAGAGACCUCAAGGCUGUGAAAUACGUGGAGUGCUCAGCCCUCACGCAGAAAGGCCUAAAGAAUGUGUUUGAUGAGGCGAUAUUGGCUGCAUUGGAGCCCCCAGAGCCCAAGAAGAAGCGCAAAUGUGUGCUGCUAUGAGAGGCUCCUACCUUUUCAAGCGCGCACACACACACACACACACACGACACAUACAUACAUCUUAAAUACAUACACAAACACACACACAUGUCCCCCCCCCCUCUGUCUCCUUCCCCCCACACCCCUUUCCCUUGCUCUGCUAAGGCUGGUUGACAGCAUUGUCCUCCACAGGGAGGACUAGAAAGAAAAACAGCCUACCAAGUUUCAGAUAAUUGUCUGCAAUAAUAAGAAGCUUCACCCCCUAAAUCUGAGUCUGGGACAGAAGAUCAACCUAACCUGGCCAACGGGCUCUCUGUUGGUUUUGGGUGGGGCGGGGCAGCCUGGGCCGGGGAUCCAUUUUCCAAGCUUCCACACAAGUAGAGUUCAUUCUGUCGAGCUUUUGAUAGAUUGAUUUUUUGAUUCAGUCGGUGUCGUGGCCUGAUCAACCCUUAGAUGCCCAGCCAUUCUUAGUCGUCCUCAGCCACUGUAAAGUUUCCAUGGAUAUAAGCCCCGACUCAGCUCCUUCCCCCAGCUGCCUGAUUGGCGGCUGCUCAUGCUGCUGGUCCUGUUCCCCAUGCGUCGACGAGCACACUCAUCGUCCGAACUCUACGUUCUUUCUCGGCACUACCAGAAGAAAUGCUAACAGAGUAGUGUUGUCUUGUUUUUUGUUUGCCAACACCCCCCUUCUUCUUUCCAAACACACAACAAGUCUGAGAUAUUUAUUCCAUGUUCCAGGAAGACGCGCUCUUAACCACUAAGGAAACUGUGUAGGUUUAAAAGAACUCGUCAUUCAGAGCAAUACGGCUAAAACCUUCACACAGCUCUCAUCGAGGAAAUUCGUAUAUAUUGCCAUCUAGUAUCCAGUCCUCAUAGAGUGGACUUUUCACAGUGCAGAGUCUAUUUGAAGUGUGGUAAUCACUUGAAGAGCUAAAGGCGUCCAGUAGAAACGGGUCCGCUAGUUGACCACAGGAAUUGGCCUUUUUAGAUGCAGGGAACUUAAACAGUGUUAGCAGAACAAGCGGUGUGUUCUUUAUGCGUUGCCAGGGACCAAGGGAGGGUAAAGCAGAAUACUGUUUUUAACGCUGUCAUCACCUCACACUUAGAGCGGGCACAGCAGAGGCAUCCAUGUAAAACUAAUGUUCCUUGGCUUGCAUCGGCAGCCAAAUGUGGAGAUCCACUUUUAGACAACCGAUCAGUGAACGUUUUAUUCUCCACCAGAAUUCUGUGCCAGGUCAGAAUUCGGUGCCUUCCUGUAGCAUGUUUUCUCCAGGCUUGUACGUCUGAGGUGUGAAGGGCUGUCCGGUCUGCUGUACCCGUUCAAUCUGUGUGGUGCUGCAUGUAGCUGAGCCUUGGUCUCUGUUCUAAAUGAUAGGUUUAACAGAUGUAAUUAUAAUGUAAGCUGGCACACAAUGUUGAUGUAGGCUCCAGGUGUUUUUACCAAAAUCUUUUUUUUUUUUCUUCAUUAUUUCUGUUCGUGUUUUUUUUUAUUUUAUAUAUAAAUAUAUAAAAAAAAAGGUUACUUUCACUCCUUUUACAUUUAGGGGUCGGAACUCAUCUGAACUCUAACCUGCCAGUUUAUAGCAAGAAGACGGUUGGUUUAAUUGAAUAAAAACCUCCAAUGACAGAGAGACUGUUUGGUAAAGAUUAUUUGUGAUUGGUCGGUUCUUGUUUUUCUUAACUGGUGGCUUAGAGUUGGGUUGAUAUCCAGUCCAAGUCAGUAUAAUUCUUAUAACCUGUUGUUGUUUUGGUGCAAAACCAAAUGCUUUGUCUAAAGUCUUUGUUCUUUGUAUAUGCAUUCUUUUCAAAAAUAUUAAACUUAUACCUUAAUUGCCUUUA